CGCGUGUUUACGAAAUAUCGCAUGUCAUAUUGGAUGACGAAACAAACUUGGGACUGUUUGUUUUAGGAGGCCUUAAUUUUCUAUUUGUCGCAGAUCUGAUUAAAAAAUUUACUGCGAACAAGGUCGAGUUAAACGCUGAAAUAGAAUGUGUGAAAAAAGUAGUUAAACCAAAGGCAAUCAUCAUUAAGUGGCCCGUAAUAAUGUAAUGGCCAGCAGGACUGUGAGAAAGAUUAAACGAGGGAAAGGAAAAGAAACAGCUAACUCUGAAGGAAACCUUCCUACAAUAGUUGUUACUCCUCCCCCCGAUAUGAAGGUCAAGGCGCCUAAGAAAUUGGAGGAGAAAAAUUCCAACAGGAAUUCGGCGCUGAUAGAGACGGCGCUACCGCAACUUGCUUCGACGUCACAGAAUAACCAAGCAGAAAAUAAAAUGGCGGAUUUCAGUGUCAAUCAAUUGAUAGCAGAGCUAUCAGAGAACUCUCGUGCUUCUAAAGGAGAAAUAGAGAACAUACAAAGAAGACUACUGCAACAAGCGAAUGAAAUUUUAAAGGUGAAUGCUUUUGCCAAUAAUACCAAUGCUAGCAACCAACCAGUUCCUGAGCCUCGAGUGAUAGACAGCACUCAAAAAUACAGCAGCACCAGACCAGUCUACGGUCGAAUACCAAUCGUGAUGCCUAGAAAUCCAGUGGCGCAAGUUCCAAACGGGCCAGACCGAGGCAAGGUGGACGUUUCGCGCCAAGCCCUGACUAAUGCUAACAUGGCCGCUCCGAAGGCCGAUGUCGCGAGAGCGGACAAUCAACUUAACGACACCCAACUAGUCCCCGAGAAGCUACAAGAAAUUUCCGUGCCAUUCCCCGUGGAUAAUGCCGGUGCAAUGAUAAAUAGCGACCAGGGAAAUAUGCAAAGGGUCGGCACGUCGGCGUUGGACGCGGGAAGAGGCAUUUUUUUCUACGAAACGGGUUCUGCGCAGCGCGCCGCGGCCAGUGCGCGCGCCGCUCCGGCAAGAGGUGAAUGUCUUGCUCCGUCAAAUUCAAAAUACAUUCCAAUUCUGAACGCGCCCAAUUAG